AUGUCACUCCGCCAUAUAUUCCGGCGAGCGGUCCGAUCGCAGCCCUCGUACACUGCAACGAGGAGCUACGCCAACCAGACACCGGGCAAUCCAGUAAUUGAUGUGUUCAACCGAAAAGUCAAGCAUCUUCAGAGAGAUCGCGCAGCCCGGAAUGUAGAGGAGAGCAGAAAAACGGACUACAUCAAGGAUGAGGUGGCUACACGGUUGUGUGAACGGCUACUGGACAUUAAACGAGAUUUCCCCCACGUCCUUGACCUAGGCGCCAACAGCUGCAACAUCGCUCGCGCUCUGACAACACCAAACCCGGACCCCAGCACCGAGACAUCGCCGCCUCUAGCGGACAAGAUCUCCAAACUCACCUGCAUCGACACGUCCCACGCCCUACUCUACCGGGACGCAGACGAGCCCUUCAACAAGGGGAUCAAUCUCGAGCGGCAGGUCGUCCCAGACCUCGAGACCCUGCCAUUCGAACCCAACACCUUCGACGCCGUCCUGUCCUCCCUUUCCAUCCACUGGAUUAACGACCUUCCCUCUCUGCUGGCACAGGUGAACAGCAUCCUUAAGCCAGACUGCCCCUUCAUCGCAGCCAUGUUCGGCGGCGACACACUAUUCGAGCUCCGUACGUCGCUGCAGCUGGCGGACCUCGAGCGGCGGGGUGGCGUCAGCCCGCAUGUGUCCCCUCUGGCGGAUGUCCGGGACGUCGGCGGGCUGCUGAACAAGGCCGGAUUCAAGAUGUUGACAGUGGACGUCGAGGAUAUCGUGGUUGAGUUCCCGGACACAUUUGCGCUCAUGCAGGAUCUUCAGGCGAUGGGGGAGAAUAAUGCCAUUUUGCAUCGCGAGUUGGGCCCUAUCUCGCGCGAUGUGCUCUUGGCCAACGAGGCGAUCUACCGGGAGCUGCAUAAGGAGGAGGGGUCGAGGGGUAUCCCCGCCACAUUCCGGCUGAUAUACAUGAUCGGAUGGAAGGAAGGGGAGGGCCAGGCGCAGCCACUGCAAAGAGGCAGCGGGCAGGUUAACUUGAAGGAUAUCCUCGGAGGCGGUUCCUUCGAUCGGCCAUAA